AUGCACCUCCAACACGACGAACUGAAGCCGAAAUUCCAAGUCAAGUAUGCUCGUUCGAAACUUAUUGGCCAAACUCAAUUCAGGAAUCGUCUUCUCAGCUCAAGUCAAAUCUUUCACCGAAAAUCUUCAGAUGUCGCCGGCAACUCUAAGGCUCCGGUCGAUUCCUCAAGUCCAGUUUGGUCUUGGAAUGAGUGGGACCCACUGGAAGAAAUCAUUGUUGGGACUCCAGAGGGUGCCGUUGUGCCACGGCUCCUCCCAGAAGUGAAAAUGUGCACACCGAUGGAUAAGUGGGACUUUUAUGAGAAAAACGCGGGACGCUACUGGGCUGACUGCAUACCCAAGGAACAUUGGGAGAAAGUAGUCAAAGAGGUAGAAGAGUAUGUCCGUGUACUACAAAUGGAGGGUGUGAAAGUAUUGCGUCCAUCGAAAGUUAAUCAUUUGUCAACGUUCAAACUACUCGGAUUUGAAUCUCAAGGUUUCUACGCUGCAAUGCCACGUGACUUCUUGCUUGUCAUUGGGAAUGAACUGAUUGAGGCAACCAUGACCUGGCGAUCGAGAUAUUUUGAAUACUUGGCCUAUCGACCACUAUUACUGGAAUACUGGAAGCAGGGUGCCAAAUGGACUGUAGCUCCGAAGCCAACGGACUUCGAUGCCAUCAUAAACAAGGAAGUUGUCAAGAAGCUGGACAGCGGCGUAUCAGACAAAUCGAAUAUAGGCUUCAUCACCACUGAGUCCGAACCGUGUUUCGAUGCGGCUGACUUCACACGAGCCGGACGUGAUAUCUUUUGUCAGCGCAGUCAGGUAACAAAUCUUGCCGGGAUCGAAUGGGUCAGACGGCACGUAGAACCUCUUGGAAUAAGGGUUCAUCAGCUUACUUUCACCGAUCCACGUCCGAUGCACAUUGAUGCCACAUUUGUAUUUGCCAAACCAGGGAUUGCCAUACAGAAUCCAGAUCGUCCGUGUGAUCAGACUGAACUCAUCAAGGCAGCUGGAUGGGAUGUCAUAAACGCUCCAACCCCAAAUGUACCAAAGACUCACCCUUACUGGCUUGGUUCACCUUGGCUCUCAAUGAAUGUCCUCAUGCUGGAUCCAGAACGUGUACUCGUUGAGAAAGGAGAGACUGCCAUACACGAGAUGUACCGCCGCAUAGGAAUCACACCCAUUCCGGUAGCUCUGCGCCAUGCCAACUCGAUCGGUGGAAGUUUCCAUUGUUGGACUUCGGAUAUCAGACGGAGGGGGAAACUUGAGUCAUACUUCGACUGGUCUAAAGCUGGCUGUCCUUAGACUCACGACAACAAGGUCGCUGAAAGAUUUCGUUAUUGUGCUAGGACAGUUUCUUUUCAAACUAGACAAUAGUGACUUGUAAAGUACCCAUACUCAAAGUAUUGCUACCCUCAUAGGUAAAAUGAAGAAAAUACACUGCUUAUCUCUUUUCAAUUACACUUAUUCUGAAUGGUUGAUUCACUCGGAUGAUGUGUGUCGAACAGGACGCUCCUGAAACCACUCAGGAUUACCUCAUACAUUUGAGAAUAAAUAGUGAGAUUCGUCUGUUGGUGACCUACACUAUUCAGCUUUUCAAUCCUUCAAGCGCACCAAACUAUCAGCUGACUUUUCGAGGUACUGGCAGCCAGAUAUGUAAUUUCGACUACCCGCAUUUUCAUGAGCUAUCACAACUACGUUAGAUCUACAUUUCCAGGGGGCAUGUGUGUGACCAACGCCCAUUGAUGGAG